AUGAAAAUCUAUAGCGUGCGUGUUGGAAAGUAUCUUUUGGCGGCCUGUGCUGUCCUAGAGCUGGACGAGGAGGCGACUAAGGAUCUCAUUGAGGUGGCGGGCAGGACUCGGUCUGACAUCACUAAGGGGUGUACUGUCCGGUAUGAGCUCGCAUCACAGAAGGUCGAGAGCGCUGGUAGAAUGGCCGGUACGGAUGGUCUGUUUGGGCAACUUGGUGGUGACAAGGGAGUUCGAGCGUUCAUUGACGAUCUUUACGAGCUGAUUCAGGAAGACUCCCGGGUGAAAUUGUUCUUCUCUGGCAGUAAGGUUGACUCUAUUAAAGCGGUCCAAGGGGAGUACAUCGCGCAGUUGUUUGGGUCUCCGGUUGAGUACGUUGGUCGACCACUACCGCGGAUCCAUGCGACCCUUCAAGUUCAUGAUUAUCAUUUUGAUGCUUUCUUGGAGCUGUGUCGGAAAGCUCUUUUGAAGCGAGGACUGGAUGCGGAGACGACUGAUGAGUGUGUGGUAUUGCUGGAGACGGAGAGGAGUAAUGUAGUAAAUCUAGAGUCGCGGAAACACGAUGUUCGGGCGACUCAGGAAGCAUCCCGGAGGAAGUCCCUGUUUGACCGUCUUGGGGGAGAACAGACGAUCGCUGAGUUCGUCAAUAAGGCGUAUGACAGGGCACUGGAGGAGCCCAGCCUUAGGAGCUUCUUGGAAAAGGGCAAGGCCAAGAUUAGGAGAGGGCCAAACAAUUACGAAGUGAAGGAGUUGAGGCCCGCGCAUUACGGCUUGAACAUCGCUGACCGCCACUUCGACAGGAUGCUCAGUGUCAUGCUCCGUGUGUUGGUGACCGAGAUGGGCGUGGAUAGGAGGUUGGCAAGGGAGCUCAUCAAGACCUUGCAGACAGUACGCACUGAUAUCACACUUGGAUGCACAGUUCGGAUGGAGGUUGGUCGGCAACGUAUUAAUAGCGGCAAACAGCAUCUUUAUAUUGGGUUGGGUGAAGCUGAUGGGAUCAAGAAGCUCUUCGAAGCAGUGAUGGACCUAUCCUUGGUCGACCCUCGUAUAAAGACGUUCUUCCGAAUACCACACAUUCAAAUGGUCCGAGAGAACAUUGGGAAGUACUUGGUGGGCCUCUUGGGAGGUCCACAAACAUAUGAGGGAAAGGGUCUGUUCGAAGUCCACGAGCAUUUAGGUCUGCCCUCGGCCCUCGUGGAUGAAGUUGAUGUAUCGAUAGAAAGCAUCAGAGAGAGUAUCCUUGGCAUGAGGCAAGAUGAGAAUCAUCACAGCCACCAUAGCAAAGACGAUAAGAGUCUAGUGGACCGUCUUGGAGGGGACCUGUCCUUGGAAGCUCUGGUCGAGAACAUGUACGACCGGGCUAAGGCUGACUCGAGAGUGAGGUAUUUCCUGGAGAAGGGCCCGGCUAAGCAGAAACAUAUUAGGAUGAAGAUGUACCAAUACUUGAGUGGUGCCUUUGGCGGGGCGGUACAAUACGAUAGAGAACUGUUGAAGCCAGCUCAUUACUUUAUGAACAUCACAAACUAUCAUUUUGAUGCUCUGUGUGACAGCCUGAUGGAAGCCGCUAAGGAAAUCGGCGUGGACAGCGAGACUCUCGAUGAUGUGUUUCUGGUGGUGAACAGGACGAGAUCGGACAUCACGACUGGGUGUAUGGUCCGAAUGGAACUAGCAAGGGGCCAGCGAGGGCAAGGGGAAGGGCUCAUUGAGAAGCUGGGCGGACAGGAGGGCAUUGAAUGCUUCAUCGUUAGGCUGUAUGAGUGCAUAGAGAGAGAUAGAAGGAUCAACCCCUACUUCGAGGGCUCGAAACUAAGCAGUAUUAAAAAAGCCCAGUCGGCCUACAUUACGAUGGUCCUUGGAGGGCCGGUCGUGUACAAGGGUCGAGACCUUGAGACUCUGCAUUCGGUAUUGGCUAUAACGGACUACCACUUUGACUGUUUUAUGCAGCAGGUGGACCGAUCACUAAGGGACAUUGGGAUGGUUGGUGAUGUUGUGGACGAAGCCGUGGUCCGGCUCGAGAAGAUUCGUCGGAAGGUCCUACACGGUCAUUAUGAGAAAACUGGUUAUCGACAAACCUCUGCGGACCAUGAAUAG